CCGACGUAGGCCGUAGCGCGGGGAAUUUCGAGUAGAGGAGCUGCGUGGCAGGCCGGUAGCUGGCGGUCUUGUCAGGUGCGACCAUGGAGGCCCUGGCCGAACCGCGGUGGCCUCCGGGGCUGGCGAUGAUGAAGACAAUAGAUGAUUUGCUUCGCUGUGGAAUUUGCUUUGAGUAUUUCAACAUUGCAGUGAUAAUACCCCAGUGCUCUCACAACUAUUGUUCUCUCUGUAUAAGAAAAUUUUUGUCCUAUAAAACACAGUGUCCAACUUGUUGUGUGACAGUAACAGAACCAGACCUGAGAAAUAAUCGCCUUUUAGAUGAACUGGUAAAAAGCAUGAAUUUUGCACGGACUCGCCUGUUGCAGUUUGCUUUAGAGUCACCACCCAUAUCUCCCGUGUCUUCCACCUCAAAGAAAGUUGCUGUUAAAGUACAUAAUACUGAAGCCAUCAGACAUCCUGUCAAACAGGGGAACAGGCUAAUGGACAAGUUUCUGGUUAGAGAAACUGGUGAGUGUGUAGCAGACUUGUUGGGAAAAGAAAACGACAGGAAAUUCAGCCCUCACAAAGAGAUAAGCACCUCUGCUGAGAUUAAAGAGACAAGUCUGGUUGGAAAGGCGGUACUUGGCCCCUCGGAUGCUAAUGGUCCUGUGACACCCUCUACAUCCACCAUGAAGCUGGAUACUAAAGUGUCUUGUCCUGUUUGUGGGGUCAGCAUUCCAGAAAAUCACAUCAAUAAGCAUUUAGACAGUUGCUUGUCACGUGAAGAGAAGAAGGAGAGCCUCAGAAGUUCUGCUCACAAAAGGAAGCCGCUGCCCAAAACUGUGUAUAACUUGCUCUCUGACCGUGAUUUAAAGAAAAAGAUGAAACAGCAUGGAUUAUCUAUUCAAGGAAACAAACAGCAACUUAUUAAAAGGCACCAAGAAUUUGUACACAUGUACAAUGCCCAGUGUGAUGCUUUGCAUCCUAAAUCAGCUGCUGAAAUAGUCCAAGAAGUUGAAAACAUGGAGAAGACCAGGAUGCGCCUUGAAGCCAGUAAACUAAAUGAAAAUGUCAUGGUUUUUACAAAGGACCAAACAGAGAAGGAAAUAGAUGAAAUUCACAGUAAAUAUCGUAAAAAGCAUCAGAAUGCAUUUCAGCUUCUGGUGGAUCAGGCCAAAAAAGGAUACAAGAAAACUGGCAGAAUGUCAAAAGCUACAGUAAUGAGAAAAGAUGUACCUGCAGAGAAGCUUUCGUCUGCAGUCACGGGACAAGAAGAUAAUAUGAACUUCUCGGAUACAGUCUCAGUAACAAACCACUUUCCUCAGUCAGAACUGGACUUCCCAGGGCAGUCAGAGCCCGAGAGACCUGAUGAUUCUUCUAGUUGUACUGAUAUUCUUCUCUCCUCAGAAUCUGAUUCAUGUAAUAGCUCCUCAGUGCUCAUGUUUGGAUCAGGAAAGACCUCACAGUGUGGCAUUGCUGACACAUGUCCUUUUAGUUCCAGUUCGGACAUCAUAAGAGAUCUUCUGGAGGAAGAGGAAGCCUGGGAAGCAUCUCACAGAAAUGAUCAGAACAGAGAAAUAAACCUGCAACAGAAUCACCGCAUUAGAGCUAUUGAAAGUUCUGAGAUUGAACCAAGAAACAAGCGGAAUAGGAAUUAGUAUGAGCUUUUGCUAGCUUUUCCAUACAGUGACCAGAAUAUGGUAUUUUUUAUUGCCAUGUGUGGUUUCAUAUUUAGCAGUGCCCAGGGAAGAUGUUUAAUUUUAAAUGUAAUAGUUAAUUUAUUUCCAUUCUUCUUUGCCUUUUCAGAAAAAACAACAACAACAAAAAGAAAAGUUGUGAAAUGACCCUUGACCCUUCUUGGUCAGUUGCUUCCUUCCUUUAAGACGUUUCUCCCCUAAAAACACAUUCACCAGCUUUACACAGCUCACACAUUCCUUAGUAUGGGUGUUUGCUUUGGUUUGACUUCUCUAUUUCAGAAUGUUUUUAAGUCAUUUUUCACUUUUUUCCAUUGAGGGGAACCAACCCCAGUAACAGCUUCUUUUUGUCAUAACAAGCGGGAAAGAGUGUACAUGCUUUUGUUAUAAUCCACACUCUUUGUAUAAGUGCCCGAUGCCAGGCCACCAGCAGAUACUGGUUAGUACUUAAGAUGAAUGUAUUUGUUUGUUAGACACACCUGUGUUUUACAUAUAGAGUAGGUUUAUGAUGUAAAGUCACAGAGUUACUAUUAUUAUUUUUGAAAAGUCAGGAAAGUUAGUAUUGUAAUUUAAGUAACAAUCACAAUAACUCCAAAGCAUAUGUAUGUUCUUCUGAAAUGGCACUUAAAAAUUAUUACUGUUAGUAUUUUUCCACUGGGGUCAGGCAGAUCUCUAACACUUUGAAUCCCAGCUGUUAAACAAACAAACAAACAAAAAAUGAAAUAAAUGGAUUUUAUCAAUGAAUACACAAGUUGUAAUUUCCUUGAAAUAGUGUCUUGUGAGUAUUUGAAUAAAGACUAUAAAUCUUUA